AUGACUGUGUCUAAGGAGUGCAGCGCCGUGCUUCAGAACAGGCAGAUAAAGAAGCGAGGAGACCCUGGCAAGUUCGUCCUCUCUAUCCAGAUUGGAAAGACAAUUUUCUCAUGCUCCUUGGUUGAUCUGGGAUCCAGCGUAAACCUCAUGCCCUACUCUGUAGCACGAAGUUUGGGAUACACGAAUUUCAAACCAACUAAGAUGUCCUUGGUGUUCGCGGAUAGAUCAGUUAAGUCCCCGGUUGGUAUUCUAGAGGAUCUCCAAGUAAAAGUCGGGAACACCUCUGUUCCAGCAGACUUCGUAGUUCUAGAGCUGGAAGAGGAAUCCAAAGAUCCUCUCAUCUUAGGAAGACCGUUCCUAUGUACUGUUGGAGCCAUCAUUGAUGUGCGGCAAGAGAAGAUUGAUCUCAAUCUGGGGGGCAUAGUCAUGCAGUUCGAGAUGGAUGAGCUGCUGAAGAAGCCGAUGCUGGAUGGACAGACCUUCGAGGUGGAUGAAGGGAUUGAUCCGCUGCAACCUCGCGACGGGAUGAUCGAGGAGAUUCUUACAGAAGAUCCACUUGAGCUUGCACUAGUAAGAGCUGAGGCCAAGCAGAGUGUCGAGAACAUUGACGCAGACGGGUAUGCUAAGAUGCUUGACUCCGCAAGGAGUAUGGGAAGAAUGGUGGCGAGUCUAAGUCUGGGGGAAGAAAGCAACAAGGACGAGAACACUCCAACUGGAGCGACCCCUUUACCGAACUCGCUUGUUCCGCCGAACCUACCUAAUGAUCCCUGGAGCAAGUUGAAGGCUCCCAAGGUUGAGCUAAAACCCCUUCCCAAGGGGCUCAGGUACGCUUUCUUAGGUCCGAAUUCCACUUACCCAGUCAUUGUGAACGCUGAACUCAAUAAUGUGGAAACUGCAUUGCUUUUGUGUGAGCUUAGGAAGUAUCGUUUCUUUCAGAUCCCUAUCCAUCCGGACGAUCAGGAGAAGACGACAUUCACAUGCCCAUACGGAACGUACGCAUACAGGAGAAUGCCAUUCGGCAUGGUACUCAAAAGGUGUGAGGAGAAACAUCUGGUGCUCAAUUGGGAGAAGUGCCACUUCAUGGCCAGAGAUGGGAUUAUUCUAGGGUACAAGAUCUCCGAGAAAGGCAUUGAGGUAGAUAAGGCAAAGGUCGAGGUGAUGAUGAGCUUGCAGCCACCAACAACUGUGAAAGCUACCAGAAGCUUCUUGGGUCACGCAGAGUUUUACAGGAGCUUCAUCCAGGAUUUCUCAAAAAUAGCGAAACCACUCACCAGACUGCUCUGCAAGGAGAUCAAGUUUGAUUUCGACAGCGAGUGCUUAGCUGCGUUCCAUACGAUCAAAGGAGCUCUAGUCAGCGCACCUGUUGUACAACCGCCAGACUGGGAUCUCCCUUUUGAGAUCAUGACCGAUGCUAGCGAUUUUGCAGUUGGAGCAGUCCUUGGACAGCGCAAGGAUAAGAAACUUCAUGUGAUCUAUUACGCAAGCAAAACCAUGGAUGAAGCUCAAUGCAGAUACGCUACGACUGAGAAGGAACUCCUGGCUAUUGUUUUUGCAUUCGAAAAGUUCAUAUCCUACCUGGUGGAAUCAAAGGUGAUUGUGCACACAGACCAUGCUGUUCUUAAGUACUUGCUCACAAAGAAGGAUGCAAAACCGAGGAUGGCAUAUUCAGAAGGUGUGUUCCAAAGGCAGAUAUUCCAGGGAUUCUACAUCAUUGCCAUGGUUCCUCCUAUGCAGGGCACUUCGCUACAUUCAAAACGGUUUCCAAAAUCCUCCAAGCAGCGACUUGGGAACAUCAGCAAAAGGAAUGAAAUGCCUCAGAAUUACAUUUUAGAAGUUGAGGUGUUCGACUGUUGGGGAGUCGACUUCAUGGGACCAUUCCCUCCGUCCUUCAAGAACGAGUACAUCCUGGUCGUCGUUAACUAUGUCUCCAAGUGGGUAGAAGCAGUGGCGAGUCCCACUAAUGAUGCAAAAGUGGUGACUAAGAUGUUCAGCUCCAUCAUCUUUCUGAGAUUUGGGGUGCCUAGAGUGGUCAUUAGCGAUGGUGGAACACACUUCAUCAACAAGGCAUUUCAGGGCCUGUUGAAGAAGAAUGGGGUGAAACACAAGAUGGUUACCGCUUAUCACCCCUAG